AUGGCAACUGCGACAACUGCGACCUCACCACCAAAAACAUCUUGGGCCGAUCAAGUUGAGGAAGGUGUGUUUGUCCGACCUAUUCCAGCCGAAAACAUUUCCCAAUCUAUUCAAGACGAAAUCGACGAGAAUGGCAUCCGUACAACCAUCGAGUACAUAACCAACGAGGAGGAGGAAAGCGGGUCAAGAUCACCCGACGCACAAGAAGAGUUCUUCAAAAAGAAGGGCAACGCGAAAGGUCCUGACCGCGCAACGACGACGGUCGGGGAGAAUGUUAUGCUGAAGAUAAGUGCCGGAAACAAGCACGCAAACGACACGGAAAAAGUGGAAGAGGAGAGCGCCAAAUCAAAACUGAACAAAGCUGGAGCAGGCAAGGUUGUCUGUCGGUUGUGCAAGGGCGAUCAUUUUACCGCCAAAUGUCCCCAUAAAGAGGCCUUGUCUGGCCUCGAGCUUGAUCCAGCGGCUGACGACGAUGCACCCGCUCCAAUCGGAGGCGGUGACUCACUCCCCGCUCCAGUGACUGGUGGUGCCAGUUCUGGCGGCAAAUAUGUCCCUCCCUCUAUGCGGGCUGGUGGAAGCCGUGCUGCUGGGCCGACCCCUGGCAGUCGAGAGGACUUGCCCACCUUACGAGUCACGAAUAUUUCCGAAGACACUCAAGAAAACGACUUGCGAGAACUAUUUGGCAUGUUUGGACGCGUUGCACGUGUCUAUGUUGGUCGCGAUCGGGAAACUGGCGCCGGAAAGGGCUUUGCGUUCGUAUCCUUCGAAGAUCGGGCGAUUGCGCAAAAGGCGAUGGAGAAGGUCAAUGGAAAGGGCUACGACAAUCUUAUCCUCAGUGUUCAAUGGAGUCAGCCUCGGCCAGAACAACGGUGA